AUUCUUUUUUUGUUUGUUUAUAUAAAUUUCUACCCGAUAUUAAUCGAUGAUUAAUAUUUUUUUCAAUCAUUUAAAUACAAUGUUCUUUCAUGGAUAUUAAACGAUAAAAUCAUGUAAAUUAUUAACUAUAAAUUUUAUGAUUGCAAAUUUCCCCUCCUGUAUAUAAUCAUAUAACCGGCUGAACAACUUUAGAGUGUGGGGUGCGGUGGUGUGAGUACAUUUUUUAUAUAUAAAAUAUCAGUAAAGGUAAAUAAACAAGAUAAAAUAUCAGUAUUUUUAAAGCUAGUCAAAGAUGGAAAUCGAUAAGACUGUUAGACUUCUAAGGUAUCUGUAUAAUAGACGAUUGAGUUUCUUAUACGCCAUUGCUCGGAAUCAGAAAAGAAUUAUCUUGAAAAAUGUCAAACUUAUCUAUUAUUUAGUGACCAAAAUCAUCUUAAAGCAAGGUUUGUUGUCUCCUUCCACCAAGAAGUCAUUUUUGAUAGCCUAUCUAUUGGUAACCAUACCGAGAUUGAUAAAAAAGCUCAUUUCAUUGAUUUUGAACCGAAAAUAUAGAGAUAUUGUACCAACCACGUCCAAGAUUUUAACCAAGAGUUUACAAUUUCAUACAUUUCCAAUGUUUGUGGUCAAGUUAAUCAGUAUCCUAAAUCUUUCAAACUUCAUUCUCAAAUCAAAGGUUCGUAACAAGCUCGUUUUGAAUUUGAUUUCAAGUUUCAUUGCUGCUAUUGUGACUUUCCCUGGUUAUCAAAGAUAUAUCAUCGAGAAGCAAAAUGAUAGAUAUUAUACGUUAGAUUUAACAUUAACAUUGGUAGUACGUGCAGUGGAUACGUUGAUAUUUUCACCUUAUUUCAAUGGGGUAGGUGAUGCAUUUUUGUUUAUCGCAUCUUCAUACUUUAUCAUGGAAAGCUGGUUUUUGUAUCCAAAUAAAUUGAUUCCAAGCUAUCGAGAAUGGAUAACAUCUGCCGCAAAUAUGGAUGAAGAGAUGAUUAAAGGGUUUAGAUAUAUGAAUACCAACGAAAUCCAAUAUUUACAUAAAUCGGAGGAUGAUGAUACUACAUCAGAUAAGACCUUACCAUCCGAACAAGAUUACUUUGAAAGAUUCUGUACCAAGUAUGAUAAAGAUCCAAAAUUAGGAGAUUUAAUACACCAAGAUAAGUUACCAUGUGAGGUUAUCCAUUGCUUUUCAUUUAAGAGUUGUGAACUUCACGCUUUGUACAGAUUCUGGAGACAGUUUAAGUUUGCUGUAAAACUUUACGGAUCUAUCAAUGUUGUGUUUUGGUUGUUACUAAGAAGAAAGAAGCUAUCCAAAUAUAUCGUCUCAACCAUUCGUUCUUCGUUAUUUUUGGCAACUUUCAGUUCUUUAGAUUGGUAUGGAUUAUGCUUAACCAGAAAAGACUGGUUAGCAAAACUUUUUCCUAACGUGCCUCAAAGAACUUGGGAUUUAUUGGCUCCAAAAGUUGGUGCUUUCUUAUCUGGAUUCAGUUGCUUUGUGGAAUCCCCUGGUAGAAGAAAGGAAUUAUCAUUGUUCGUCGCUCCUAAAGCACUUGGAACAUUCAUAUCUCCAAAAGUUACAGAAAGGAAUUUGAUGAUAGAAACCUUGGCUUUUAGUAUGAGUUUUGCUGUUUUGGUUGCAUUUGCUAAACAUAGACCAGGAAGAGUAAGAGGUUUAGUUGGUAGUGCUCUUUCCAUUGUAUUUAACUAGACUGUCAUAUAUAUAUAAACUUAUUU